AUGGAGUCCCAGCAGAAACACAUUAAGUUCAUGGCUCAGCUGUACCUGGACCGCAGCCAGAAGUGGGGAUCCAAAACACCAUUCUGCUCCAAGAGGGGUCUGCAAAGCAGAGAAAAGAGCGCCCCUCCACUCUUCCCCGAGAUCUACUCCGGGAGACAGAGCAGAUCUCAAGCAAAACCUGAAGGCCGGCUGCAGCUGACGGUGAACAUAGACAGCCCUGGGCCAGCAGCUUAUGGUCCCCCUAACUUGACCUGCAGAGAAACUGGUGCACCCUCCUACACCUUUGGGUGGAAGACGCCCCCUAGAGAUGGCGGAGGGUGUCGCGCCUGGCAGAAAUCCUGGUUUCUCAGCAAGAACCCAUUCAUCAGGAAAGUGGAUUUUGCCCAUGAAACGAAUUGGCCGUCUCCUUUCCACUACGGCCAGCCUCUAGGAUCCCAACUCGUCAACAGGCCCAACAGCCCAAAUUUCACCAUCGGCCACAAGGGCGAGUUCUCUUUCGUCAACAAAGAGACUCUGAAUGAUCCGGCACCCAAUAAAUAUGACACGGAGCGUGCCUACAAGUACGUGCUACAGAAAUCGCCCUCCUACAUCAUCAGCCCCGUACCACUCAAAGGGCACAGGUGGGCCCACAAAGGGGGCACUCCCGGUCCAGGGACUUACAAUGUGGCGCGGGCACACAACGCCCGCCUGCCCAGCUCCCCCAGCUUCUACAUCCAAGGCGUGAGGCGGCCCAAGAAGCACGAGACGGGGCCGUUUUCGACCGUGUGA